AUUUGUAAGUACUCCGGUGCUACUGCUGAGAGUAACUGUGGUUGGCUUGGCCUGAGCCGCCGAGGUUUCGCAGCGGUUCUAGGUUGUAGAGAAUUUCUUGACUUGGAAGACCAUGAAAGCAAACUCCCAUUGAUACUGAGAUAAAUGCUAACUAGUGAUGUUAAGUACCUUAUGGAAUGCAAAUAUGGAAUUGCCUGUGGUUAUUGGAAAUCAAUAGAUGUUCUGACUUUUCCACUAUUUAAAUGUAGUAGUGCCAUUGGAUUGAAAUGUUGGUGAUGUCAACCUCUUCAGAAUUAAACAGUGGGCAGAACUUCCUAAUCCAGUGGAUGACCAGUUCUGCUCGGGCUGGGGUCAUAUUAAAUCGAUUUCCUAUUUUGGAAGCAGAUCAAGAUAAGCAAGCAACUACAGAUGCUUCUACCAGCUUUCCUGUUAAAGGCACACAUUUUUCAACUAGUUUCAGUUUUACUAGUGAAGAAGAUUCACUUCAUGAAGUACAAAAAUUGGGGUCUGAAAACCCUAUUAAAUUGCAGUCAGAAAAGUGUGAAGCCCUGACAGUAUUUCCUUUAGUUAAGAAGGAGCCACAAAUACUGGCAGAUCAAGAUGCAACUGGAUACCAGGAAAAUAACAAAAAUGACUUUAUGCCAGAUUUUGUGAGUGAAUCUAAAGAAGUGACUUAUAAAGACCCACUUUUUAAAAAACUUGAGCAGCUGAAAGAAGUACAGCAAAAGAAGCAGGAAGAACUGAAGAGGCAGCAGCUAGAGCAACUGCAGAGGCUCAUGGAGGAACAGGAGAAGCUGCUCAGCAUGGUAUCUAGGCAGCACAUAUAUCCAGGUUUGGCGUUGCUACCUGAGGAUCAGAAUCAGAAAUAUAGAUCUCCAGGAAAUUUAUUCAUGGAAGAGAAAGCCAUGCCUUUCCUGUCUUCGUCCAUUCAUCCAAAUCAAACCCAAGAAAAACCACACGUUUCUACCAUUUUACCUGAUGAACAAAGCAGCUUCUAUAGAGCGACUCAUCAAGAUUUUGUCUUAACUCCAAAAAACUCUUCUGGUUUGUACUUUGACUCACAGUAUCAAGAAGCCCAUGUGAAAAAAAACGAUUCAAAGGAAGAAAACCCUAAUCAACCUACAGGAGAACUUAAAAAGAGUCUGAGUUUGAUAAAAAUCUUCGAGAUGACUUUGGAGGAGUACCUGAAAGAAAAUGUGACAUGUGAAAUAGGAGAUGUUUUGUCAUGUUGGGAGAAGAUGAAGGAUAUGAACAGUAAAAUUAUUGGUGAUUUCUCAGAAGUGAUUAAUAUUGAAGAAAGGCCUAUUAAAACUGCCAUAAGAGAAAGGAAGCAGACAUUUGAAGACUACUUAGAAGAACAGAUUCAGUUGGAAGAACAAGAACUGAAACAAAAGAAGCUAAGGGAAGCAGAAGGACCAUUGCUAAUGAAAGCAAAACCCAAACAACCAUUUUUAAAACGAGGAGAAGGGUUAGCUAGGUUUACUAAUGCUAAAUCUAAGUUUCAGAUAGGGAAAGAAAGCACACUAAUGACCAACUCAAGCCCUUCAGAUGACCAGUCUGUGUUUAAAGUAGAUAAACAACAGUUCCAACGGAAAACUGCUCUUAUAAAUAAAGAGCUGCAUGCAGAGACUUCUACUGUUAAAAAGUACAGUAAAGUCAAAGCCAAGAGUGGUUCUAUUAUAACUGGUCAGAGGCCCAAAGUGACUAAGAGCAAUACUAGGAAAAGUCUCUCUCCAUCAGGACUUAAAAUACAGAUGGGGAAGAAAUGUGAUGGGCACUUUAGAGACCAGAUCAAAUUAGAAAAAAAUACAGAAACUAAUAAGGAAAAUGCAUCUUUGUAUACAAAACCCUGGGAUGCUGGCUGCAAAGUCUGGAAUAUGACACAGGGGAGAGAGACACUUCCUCUUUCAACAGGGCCAGUUAGCUGUGUGGCUUCUAAGAGCCUGGGAAGUGAGACUGUGAAAGAGAUAGGAUCUUCCUUUGAUGUUUCUCUUCAGCAAAAAUUAGAGAGUUGGGAACAAGAAAAGGAAAAGGAAAACUUGGAAUUAGAUGAAUUUUUGUUUUUAGAACAAGCUGCUGAUGAAAUGUCAUUUUCUAGUAAUUCCUCAUUUGUAUUAAAAAUCAUAGAAAGGGAUCAACAGAUCUACAAAGAUCAUCGGCUCUCAUCUACCCCUGUCAAAGAAGUCCAGCAGAAUGCACAUCAGGUGGAGCCCAGUUGUCAGAGUAACUGUAGUGAGGAUCCCUGCCAUACUGUGGCAUGUAAGAUUGAGAGUGAGGCCAUACUCAUGCCAUUUGGCUCAGGGUCCUCACCUGAUGGUUUGAGGGAACUAUCCUGUAAAAGCAGUAGGAAAGCCUUCCAAAUGAACAGUUGUGAAAAUCAGAGUCUGUGGGCUGCAAGUAAUGAUAUGAAUAGUGACAGUAAUACUGACUCUGAGGAGCAGCUUGAUGUUACCCUAAAACCAUCCACUGACGCUGGGGAAAGAGGUUUUAGCAACAGAGAGGACAGUCCACAAAUCUGUGAUGGUAAGCGACCUCUUAGGGACACCAGGACUCAGGAAGUUAAAAUGAGAGAUGCUGAUCUAGAUUUGUCUGAUAAAGAUUAUAGCAGUGAUGAGUCCAUUGUAAUAGACUUGAAAAGAAAAGUAUCUGAGCCAUCAAAAAGACUCUCAACUCAAAAUGUGAAUAAAGUUGACUUUGAAGAUGACAGAUCUUGGACAGACCUUGAAGAGAAUUUAUGUAAAAAUGUUAUACUUGGGGAUGAAGCCACUGAUGGCAUAUCCCAGACACAGUACUCUAAUAAGAGUGAAAUAUGUGUUCUGGAUAAAACAAUCAAAAGAAAGAUUGCACCAGUUAAGAAGGGUGAAGACUUCAAGUCUGGUAGGAGCAGAAGUCCUCCUCCUCCAUCAGAUUUGAUGAUGAAAUUCUUCCCUUCUUUGAAACCAAAGCCCAAAUCAGAUUCACACUUGAGAAAUGAACACAUGUUAAACAUGAAUCAAGACCAACCACCAGGUGACAGUGCUCCAUCUCAGGUUUUGAGAGAAAAAGUUAUUGAAUUGGAAAGAGAAAUAGAAAAAUUCAAAGCUGAAAACACAUUUUUAGCUAAACUUCGUAUUGAUCGAGAACGUGCCUUGGAAAAGCUGAGGAAAGAAAUUGCUGACUUUGAGCAACAAAAAGCAAAACAACUGGUUCGAAUAGAAGAGUAUAAGAAGGAGGAAAUGAAGAAGCUACAAAAGGAGCGUAGAGUUUUUGAAAAGUAUACAGCAACUGCAAGAACAUUUCCAGAUAAAAAAGAACGUGAAGAAAUACAGGCUUUGAAAAAGCAAAUAGCAGAUUUACAGGAAGAUUUGAAAAAGAAGGAGAUGAAAUGGUCAAGUACACAUGGCCGUCUCAGAAGUCAGAUAGAAGUACUAGUCAAAGAAAACACAGACCUCCGAGAAGAGAUAAAAAUAAUGGAAAGAUUUCGACUAGAUGCCUGGAAGAGAGCAGAAGCUACUGAGAACAGUCCCAAGGCUUACCAGUGUGGGAAUGCCACAAAACAGGAUGAACCGAUGAACCCAUUUGUUCGAUUACAAAAGAGCCAUAUUUCUUCAGGAGCCCAGGUAGAAAAAUGUAAGAAAAAUCAUUUGCCAACACAAGAGAAUCCAUCGCGAAGAUCCAAGUCUGCACUGCUUCAUGAUUUAGACAACACAGAUAAAAGACAAGCUACCUUGUCCAAGGAUACACUUGAACCAUUAAAUUUCCUAGAUCUUGAAUAUAAAAACAAAGAAGAAAAGGAAAAAGAGGAAGAAAUUCAGGGAGAAAUCAAUCAUCCUGAUGGAAAGGUGGAAAAGGUUUAUAAGAAUGGGUGCCGGGUUAUACUGUUUCCCAACGGAACUCGGAAGGAAAUGAGUGCAGAUGGGAAGAGCAUCACUGUUACAUUUUUUAAUGGUGAUGUGAAGCAGGUCAUGCCAGAUGAGAGUGUGGUCUACUAUUAUGCUACUGCCCAGACUACUCACACCACAUACCCAGAAGGACUCGAAGUCUUACGUUUCUCAAGUGGACAAAUAGAAAAACAUUUUCCAGAUGGAAGAAAAGAAAUCACAUUUCCUGAUCAGACCAUUAAAAACUUAUUUACCGAUGGACAAGAGGAAAGCAUCUUCCCAGAUGGCACUGUCGUCAGAGUACAACGUGAUGGCAACAAAAUCAUAGAGUUUAAUAAUGGCCAAAGAGAACUCCAUACUGCCCAGUUCAAGAGACGGGAAUAUCCAGAUGGCACUGUUAAAACUGUGUAUACAAAUGGUCAUCAAGAAACAAAGUAUACAUCUGGCCGAGUAAGAGUUAAAGACAAGGAUGGCAAUAUUCUAAUGGACACAGAAUUGUAAAGGUUUUUGUGUGAUUAAUACAGUAACACUGGCUGGUUUGCCUGUUCAAAAACAAUGUACAUUUGCUCUUGGGUUUAGUUGUUUAAUUUAUAUAGGAUGUGUAUGUGUGUAAAUGG